GUAUAAUUACGACAUGGGAACCAACGCAUCACAGCUAGAGAAAGAGUUCGGGACGUCGUUUCCGCCCAAUGAGCGUUAUUUCGGGCUUGUAAACUUUGGAAACACGUGCUACUGCAAUUCUGUGCUACAGGCGCUUUUCUUUUGCGUACCAUUUCGGAACAACGUUUUGCGGUGCAGUUCAGCCACGUCAAAGAAGAAAGAGAACCUCCUCACAUGUCUGGUCGACUUGUUUAGCAGCAUAGCUUCACAGAAACGUCGUGUGGGCGUGUAUACUCCGAAGAAAUUUGUGUCUCGGUUGAAGAGGGAAAAUGAGCUAUUUGACAACAUGCAGCAACAGGAUGCCCAUGAAUUUCUGAACUACCUGCUCAACACCGUGGCAGACCUGGUCACAGUUGAGACAAAAACAUCUGGAGCUGAAAGCAAAGCCAGCGAUGCAUCAGUCAAGACAUGGGUCCACGAGAUCUUCGAAGGCGUACUAACAAAUGAAACUCGCUGCUUGACAUGCGAAACGGUAAGGAGUAAAGACGAAGAAUUUCUGGAUCUUUCUGUUGAUAUUCAGCAGCAUUCGUCAAUAACGUGUUGUCUAAAGUGUUUCUCUGGAACAGAGACACUGUGUUCUCAGUACAAAUAUUUUUGUGAUACAUGUUGUAGCAAACAAGAAGCCACCAAACGAAUGAGAAUUAAGAAACUUCCUCCAGUGUUGGCUCUUCAUCUGAAACGAUUUAAGUUCAUGGAGUCUUCUCAACGUUAUCAGAAACUAGCAUAUCGAGUUGUGUUUCCGAUGGAGUUGAAACUGCAGAAUACAGAAGAUCCUGAUCGUCUCUACAGUCUGUUUGCUGUUGUCGUUCACUGUGGAAGCGGUCCUCAUCGAGGUCAUUACAUUGCUAUUGUAAAGAGUUAUGGAUUUUGGUUGUUGUUUGAUGACGAUAUAGUGGAGAGAAUUGAGCCUCAAGCGAUGGCCGAGUUCUUCGGUGUGGCCGCAGAGAAUCCAAAGUCAUCAGAAGCGAGCUACAUUUUAUUUUACGAAAGUCAAAUUGAUUAGUAUAAACUUGCUGAUUAAAAUCAUUUUGUUACGUGUACUGUCGAUAGUUACACACAUUUGUACAGUAGUCUCUCUUUUGCUGUGCACAUAGUGGUGAGUAGUGUGGUUUAUUGUACUAUGAUUUUACUAGGAGCUUUACAAGAUUGUACUUAAGCAGCACAUGAUACAUGUAGCCCUCUGUAAACAUACACAUAUAUGACAUAUGGUAC